AAGAAAAAGUCAAUGAGGAAACAAUUUAUAUGAUAAGAUUAUAAGAGACCAUUGCUUUAUGAAGUAGAUUCGAAACAUUUGUAUUUCCGAGUUAGUUGCUUGUGAAGCAUCAAUCAUGAUUGGAUAUCUGACAGUAGUGACUGUAGCAAUUAUUGCAACAGCGGCACCAUCAAAUGGCCUGGUGUCGCGAAUAGUGGGAGGAACACAAGUAUCAGGAUUUGAUGAAAUACCCUAUCAAGUGAGCGUUCAAUUAAAUGGCAGGCAUUAUUGUGGAGGAAGUAUAAUAUCUGAAUUUGACGUUCUUACUGCAGCCGCUUGUGUCUCCGCUGGUGGUAUUAAUCAAUAUUCUAUAAAAGCUGGAACAAACGAUUUACAGUAUGGUGGCUCAGUUCACAAAGUGAAACAAAUAAUAAGACAUGAAAAUUAUUAUCUAAACAAUGAUAACAUUCCAGUAAAUGAUAUCGCUAUUAUUCGAGUUCAAACUCCCUUUAAGUUUGAUGGAACACGUGAUUCUAUUCCAUUAUUGUUGAAUCAACCUGCAUUAGAUGGAAGUUUUGCCAAAAUUUCCGGCUGGGGAUGGAUGAAUUCAACAUUUCCCAAUUUAUUACGAAAGGGAAGGGUCAAUAUUAUUAAUAAAAAUUAUUGCAGUAGAACACAUUAUCAAGGACGAUUACCUGCGGGUCAAAUAUGUGCAUCUUUAACAGGACAAGAUGCAUGUAAAGCUGAUGCUGGUGGUCCUUUAGUCAUUGGUGUUCAUCUUGCUGGAAUUAUUUCUUGGGGUAAAGGUUGUGCCCUAGGUAAUUAUCCAGGUGUCUAUACUGAAAUAUUCUAUUAUCGAAGCUGGAUUUAUAAUCAAAUUGGAAUUGGUAUCAGAAAUUAGUAUUAUAAAAAUAUAAUCUGUAUUCAUUUUUUAUUAUUGAAAUAUGUUUUUUAUAUAGAAAGAAAUUUUUUUUGUAUUUUUAUUAAUUUUGAAUAAAAUUUGGAAUAAAAAUUAAAAUGAUGUACCAUAUAAAUAAUUAUAAUAAAACAAUUUAAAUCCUUGGCA